UUUUCCUCAUCUGAACUUGAAUCUGAAGUGUUGGAAGGAUGGAGGAAGUCCAUGUCACAUGUGGAUGUUGAGCUGGGUGGUCAAAGUCGUUCCCCAGCCGCCUGAGCCUGCGCCCAAAAAAGAUGACGAGCCGAAGAAGGAGGAGAAACCGGCCGUGGCCCCGCCCCCUGCUGCAGCCCCGCCUCCUCCUCCUGCUCCGGAGAAGAAAGUGACAUUUCAGGAUGAUUCCACAAAAGAAGCUUCAAAAGUGGAGAAACCCAAACAGGAAGCCCAGGCAGCGGAGGGGAACGGCCCGGCGUCUGGCUCUCAGCCCGGAGUGUUGACGUGGAUCAGCAGCGCUCUGCCUCAACCUGCGCUCUCACCUAAACUGAGCCGAGCCAACACCACCACCAAGGAGGAAAAUACAGCAACCAGUAAUCCAGAAGACGAAAAAGGAAUGAUAGCCUGGAUCGCUCAGGGUUUGGAGAAAGUCGUUCCGCAGCCUGACCUGAAGAACAAAGAGCCGCCGUCAGCUGAGCAGCCGACCGAGCAGCCGACCGAGCAGCCGAUUGAGCAGCCACCUGAGCAGCCGCCUGAGGUACAACAGGUGUGUCAAACAGCACCUGCUCCAGCUGUUGAGCCUCCAGUUACUCUGGUGGAGGUGGAAUCAGGCCAAGAGGACAAAACUGACAACAAGCCUUUCCCCCCCAGGAUGAUGGACUGGAUAAAGCACGGUAUAGAGAAGGUGGUUCCUCAACCAGAGAUCCAUUCUCUCUCAAAGACAGACGGAGCUCCAGCUUCAACUAAAGCUGAGGUUCAGCCUGCAACUGAUGACACUGAGAAGUCUUCCAAUGAUGCAGAGCAGCAGCCCAAUAUGAUUGGCUGGAUCGUGAACGAGAUUGGCCGCAUGUUGCCUCAGCCUGUACAGAAGCAGGAUUCAGGUGGUGACGACGUGCAGAGCAUCAGCAUCUCACAGAAGAAUUCAGACCUGGUGCUGGAGGACGUGGAGCCAGAGGAGAAAACAGAGACUAAGAAGGCUGAAGAGAAUCAGCAGCCAUUGAAACUGCAGGUAGAAGAUGCAGGGGAGCAAUGCACUCUGCAAAUGGAGGGCAUCAAGGAUGAAGCUGGGGAGGCAGUUCCAGCUCACUUGGAGGAAAGGCUGGACCAGGGGCAUCUGGAGGCAGCCCGCAUCGCUGAGGAGAUUGCCAUGAAGGCAGCGGAGGAGGCAGUGCGACAGCUGGAGGUGGAGCAUUCAGCCAAGAUCGUCAUAGAAACGCUGCCAGAGUCCACUGAACAACUACCCAACAUCCUGGAGGAGGAAAAUGAGGAUGACCCAGAGAGCCUGCUAGAUGUCUGUCCUGCUGAAGGUGAUGCAGAUGCCACAACUCAAGCGGAUAAAUCCUCUUCCCCAACUGAAUCUGAGCUGGCAGAGGAUGCCACCCCUUCUUCAACAGAAGCAGAGCCAGCAUCUGACAGGAGAGACCUGGAGAGUCCCGUCACCCAACAACCAGAGCCACAAGCUCCAGAAGCCCCUCCCACCACAGAUCAGGGCAAUGAAGCAGCAGAAGAAGGUGGAAGUGGAGUUCCCGACAUUUGCGCUCCGAUAAUGAGCUUUCUGCUUCGAAUCCCGUACGCUGCCGAGUGCCUGGAGAGCUGCAGGAAGCUGAUGCAUGAUAAUCACCUCACCCCUCCCAAACUGUCCAUGCCUUCCCCGCCGCCGGAGCUCGCCCUGCUGACCCAGGAACUGUUGCAGCUCCCCGAGCAGGCGCGACAGUUCUGCAUGAGCAUCAUCAGCCGCUUGGAACGCCUUAACUCCAACUCCCAUGCCGAACAAAUCCUUGCAUCCCACAUCCUCCUCAACAUCACUCCCAUCAUGCUCUGCAGAGCUGCACUGCUUCACCAUCAGCUGCCAACUAACCACACUUCAGGGAGCCGCGCUCCUGAGCUGAGGGUAGAGGAUGUGGAUAAGGAUGUGGGGCUGGGUAAAGGCCUGAACAUCCCCGAAAUUAUCACAACUCAGGAACCUGAGUCCACCACUCUGACUGCCCCCAACAUCCCACAGUUAAAGCUCAGUCCUGCAGAUGAUCUGUCUGCAAACGAGGACGAUGAUGAGCCAGCGAGGAGGGUACGUCCUGCAUCAGCAGCCAGUGUCGGCACCAUAGCGGUCCAGGACCGCCUGAGCGAGCUGGUCAGAAUGUUUAAAGGUCGAACAGAGCAGCGAAAAGACCGGCUGGUGGACCCGGACGAAUCUGAGGAAGAAAGUCCCUCCGCCUCUCCGAGCAAAGCUGCACCUGCCCCUCCCCCUCCUCCUCCUCCACCAGAAGAGAAGAAGGAUGCCCCGGCUGAAGCAGAAGAAGUAGAAGAAGAGGAGAAGAGUUGGUUCCAGUUUGAACUUUUGGGACGUCCGGUGGAGCUUCCCAAACUUCCCAAACUUCCCACGAUGCCCAAGUGGCUCCGAGCCAUCCUGGAAUACCGCUUCCCCUCCAGCAUCGACCCUUUUACUGAUCUGAUCUACGUCAUCUGGCUGUUCUUCGUGGUGGCAGCGUGGAACUGGAACGUGUGGUUGAUCCCAGUCCGCUGGGCGUUUCCCUACCAAACCCCCGAAAACAUCCACCUUUGGCUGCUGGCCGACUACACCUGUGACUUCAUCUACAUCACCGACAUCCUCGUCUUCCAGCCCAGACUGCAGUUCGUCCGUGGAGGAGACAUUGUGUGUGAUAAAAAGGACAUGAAAGAACACUACAUGACGACUGAGAGAUUCAAGAUGGACGUCAUCAGUCUGUUUCCCAUGGAGAUAUUUUAUUAUUUCACCGGAGUGAACUCUCUGCUGCGAUUUCCUCGCCUGCUGAAGUACAUGGUUUUCUUUGAGUUCAAUGACAGAAUUGAAGCCGUGAUGAAGAAAGCGUACAUCUACAGAGUGAUCCGAACCUCCACCUACCUGCUUUACUCUCUGCACAUCAACGCCUGUCUGUUCUACUGGGGCUCCGACUACGAAGGACUGGGAUCCACUAAGUGGGUCUACAAUGGAAAAGGCAACGCUUACAUCCGCUGUUACUACUUUGCUGUGAAGACGUUGAUCACCAUCGGAGGGCUGCCAGACCCGACCACCGUCUUUGAGAUCUGCUUCCAGCUUAUCAACUACUUCGUUGGCGUCUUUGCUUUCUCUAUCAUGAUUGGUCAGAUGAGAGAUGUGGUCGGAGCUGCGACAGCUGGUGAGAACUACUACCGAGCCUGCAUGGACAGCACCGUCAAGUACAUGAACUCCUACAACAUCCCCCGAGAGGUCCAGAACCGCAUCAAGACCUGGUACGACUACACCUGGCAGAGCCAAGGCAUGCUGGAUGAACAGGAGCUGCUGGUGCAGCUUCCCACUAAGAUGAGACUGGACAUGGCUGUGGACGUCAACUAUGCCAUCGUCAGCAAAGUCGCCUUGUUUCAGGGUUGUGACAGACAGAUGGUGUUCGACAUGCUGACGAGACUCAAAUCUGUUGUCUACCUGCCCGGAGACUUUGUCUGUAAAAAGGGGGAGAUCGGCAGGGAGAUGUACAUCAUUAAACAGGGGGAGGUUCAGGUGGUGGGCGGUCCUGACCUGCAGACGGUGUUUGUCACCAUCAGAGCCGGCUCUGUGUUCGGGGAGAUCAGUUUGCUGGCAGGAGGUGGAGGAAACCGUCGCACAGCCAACGUGAAGGCACACGGAUUUGCCAACCUCUUCAUCCUGGAUAAGAAGGACCUGGCGGAGAUCCUGGUCCACUACCCAGAGUCCCAGAAACUCCUGCGCAAGAAGGCCAAGAUGAUGGUGACAAAGGACAAGAAGCCAGAUGAGAAGGAAGGUAAAGAGGCGGUAGAGGUCAUCCCACCCAGACCGGACACUCCCAAAAUGUUCAAGGCAGCGCUGAAGGUGACUGAGCAGGCGGGAAUAGAGGGAACCUUCUCCAAGCUGAAGAAGACCUACAAACCAUCUGAUGACGGUGCAGAGGGUCCCCCUUCCAUCUCCCCGCUCCCUCCUCCCUCUCCGAUGCACCGCCGCUCUCCGAUCCCGCACACCGUGGUCCAUGACGACAACGACACAGUGGCAGAGACCGCCGACAGCUCGGUCGUCAUCAGAAUGACGCCGCGAGUGGAAGGGGAGGAGUUUCUCACCGUGGAGGUCGCACCUGAGGAGGAAGACGGAGAAGAGAAGAAGGGAGACGCAGCGAAGAAAUGAUUUGACAGGAAGCUGCCGUCCUCACAGGACAGAUUUUACUCUUCUUCAACCUGCCUCAUCUUCUUCUACAGUGAACGAGUCCCAGAAUGCCUUUCAACGACCUCCAGAGAAGGGACAAGGGUUUCGUGCAGGUGGAGAGACAACAACCCCAGUGCAUUCUGGUUCUCUGUCUUGCUCCUGUGGGUGUACAGACUCCUCCCUCUGUUUCUUCUUCUCUUCUUCCUCCUUCACCACGCUGUGAAACAUCCUCCUCCUCCUUUUUUUUUUUUGCAGUGGCAGCUUCUCGUCUGCCUCACUUGCAUCUUUUUCUCACAUCAUAGUUCCUCCUGCUGAAGACACGAGGAAAAGAUGUGAGGAAAGGAAACGAAGAGUGAUGAGACGUCCUUUUCCUCUGAACCAUCACCUGAUGACGACGACGACGGCGCAGCUGGAUCAGCUGUCAGUCCACUUUUAAAAGCUUUUACCUUUAAAAUAAUAUAAAGGAUGAAGAGUUAUCACUGCCAGCGCUAUUAGUUUUUAUUUAUGUCGUCUCAUAAGACAAAACUGAAAAUGAAAUACCGUAUUAGCCUGAAUAUACAACAAUGUUUUAUUCUGGAAAUCACAUUUGAGAAAGGCAAGAUGAGAUCUGGAUCCGUAUUUAUCAAACUUCCCAGAAUCACUACAAGGAAUCGUCCUAAAAGUUAACGCAGGACAAAAAAUACUUCAGAUUGAAGAGGAGAGGAUGAGACAUUACUGUUAGUAGAUAUAUACGCGUCAUUUAGCCUUCAUAGACUGUAAACAAAGCUACUCACAUGGGUUAAAAAAUAAAUGCAGCCUAUUAAGUCAAUUAAAAUAGUAGGUGGGCCAUUCAACCACGUCGUUUUACAAUCCCUAUAAUAUUGCAGCAUAUAUUGCACAUGUUGCAUCUUUCAAUAAGCUUAUUCUCAUCAAACAUUCAUAAAACAUCUCUCCUCUCAUGGAACAUCUCCAGGUGAGGACGGGACAGACCGGUUACGAGUGAUUUCCUAGUUUGAGGAGCUUUGAUAAAUACGGUUUUGAAUCAUCUGUCAAACAGUUGAGCAAGAAUUACUGCUGUGAGAGAGGAUGAGGAGCUCGGACAGACACGACGAUCAGUGAUACACUAAUGUUGUGAUUUAUCUUCUGCUGUAACAGAAGGAUGAAGACUCUCUUCUGCUUGGAUUAAUAAUAUCUCAGCUGGACGAGUGUCAAAGUGUGAUGGAAAACAAGGAGGAGGUCAUUAUAUAUUCAGGCCAAUUCGGUAAAAAAUCUCUGCAUGUAACCCUUCAAGUGUUUGACAGAUAUAUUAUAUACAUAUUCAGACUGUACAGAUCAGUCAAACCACAGUUUAUAAGUUUACUUCACUGCAGACGCUGACUGAACAUGAGACAUCUCUACUGGCAGCAGUGUGUGUUUUUUUUUACAUAUGAAUCAUUUGCAUUUAUGAAUAUUUGGUUGUAAAUUCAUCAUUUUAUAAACCAAGUUAUUAUUAUAAUAUCUUAUAAUGUGCAGAAAUAGUUUUAGUUUUGUUCACCCUAAAAUAGCUUUUAAGGGAAAAAGGAAAUGAUGUAAUUAUGGCUCCAAUCGAAAUAUAGUUUCAGUGACAUUAGACUGAAUGUAAAUAACGACGAUAGAUCAUUAAAAUGUGUCUCUUGCUGAAAGACAACAGACUCUUUGUCUUGUGUCUGAUGUUGUUUUAAGUCAAGUUAGUCAAACACAUUUGGUGAAUAAAGCGAGAUGUAUUAGAG